AUGGCCACUAUAUACCAGCAGAGAGCGAAAAGAUGGAACACAAAUCCCUGGCUAGCGGAAUGGUUCUCCAACACCUUCGAAUACUGUCACAACUGCCCAGAAGGCAAACAAGCAUUUCGCGAAGAAAGUGUAGUUUCAGCCCCAGCGUUCAACAGCGUCUUAAGCAAGUUUGGACCCGCGGAGGGCCGCAAAGUGCUGAAUAUAUGCACCGAGAAACCAACCCCGAGGGCACGCAGCCGUUAUGCCAAUGCUAAGGGCAAGGCCAGAUUAUUCCACUUGGCCGGGUAUGUAGCUGAGAAAAAUCUAUGCCACCCAGAGAGAGUCCUACCUGCUGUCAAGAGACGCCGGGGGGAAAGCUCUACUGCGUGGUUAGCGGACAAGGUCCGCGAUACUAUGGAAUUACAGCGGACCAGGCCCGAUAUCUUCGUGCCUGGCAUCCUUCGCAGAGGCGCGAGCACGAUCCCCUCGCCCGAGAUCCUCUCCAAACCGGGCCACUACCAGGAAUUUCACCGGACCCAUGAUGCUAUACGAUCUCGGAUGUAUAUCUUUACAAUGUCUUAUAUGACCUGGAAAGAUGCAGCAGAGCUAUUCGAAGACCUAGCUAGGCAGGGCCUCACGACAGCCUCUGCUAUAGAAAGGGCGUAUAGGCAAGACACCAAGCUCAUGUGGCGCCUGGUUACCUGCUUUGCGAAGGCGGACUUCUUGAAAGGUCUUCUGUGGGGAACGUUCGUCCAGAUAGUCUCCUGGAGUGACCAUUUCAGCAAGUAUUUCAAGAGGUGGCGGUCUCAGGAUGGUGUCGCUCAUGUUGAGCCGAACGUGUCCUACAUUACUAAGAAUGGCUUCAAUAAGAGUCAACUGGAUGAACUUGUCUUCCGCUCUUUUUGUGACAGCGGGCAUACUGGCGCUUUCUUCGAGAACCUGAGCAUGCUGCUGGAGGAGGACCCGACACUGACUCGUAAAUUUGACGCUGACGUAUUCGACGCGAUGGGUGACCUUGCCAUAGUCUCGGAAUUCAUUGUGAACAUUCGUGACUCUGCGUUCGGGCAAACUCUAUGCAAGCACAUGAAAUCUGUUCUCGAGUCGGAUUCUCUAUCAGUCAAUGACAUGUUCCCGUUCGUGUGUGGGAUUCAUCCAUCGAAGUUAUCUUAUCCCUCGGUCCCACCGUCCGAUUUCUGGACCGCUGCCAACGUAAUGGUGCGCGCCGUCGCGAACGCUUGGCUGCAAGUAACUGGAUCGCUCGACUUGUGGGAGCCAUUACACAGUUUGAACAUCAGUAUCCUGGACCCAGGAAGCAAUCAUACCUUGCCGAGCGUUUUCGAUGCAUUUUGGACCGAUAUUGACCUUCAACUUUGGGAAAUGGCUAAAGCUCUUGAUUGGCCUGGGCGAACGGGGUCAGUUGCGAAGAAAUUCGGUCUCCUUUCACCUUCGGAUCCCAAUAAGCCAACUUUCCUCCGAAACCUUCUCAUUUAUAUGGAUGUCUGCGAGGGUGAAGAAAGGAAGGCACAGUCUACGCCAGCCCCUGCUCCGGUCGUCGACGUUCCUCUCGCUGCCCCGAGGGAAUCCGUCGCGCAAUCAGGCCAUGCUUUUGUCAAAGAAAUGAAUGUUAAGGGCCCGAAAGCCAAGACUCGAUCUGCUGGACAAGGCAAGGAGCCUUCCAGGACACAGGAUCACAAUAAGGAAGAAGAAUCUCUCGAAAGCUUUCCCCUAUAUCUUCCGCCUCAGUUCAAGUUGGGGAGGAAGGUAGGCAAGAUAUUCGAGCGGCUACUAGAUCCUGACCCGGAAACGUCCCCUGAUGAAAAUGCUCCGAAGAAAGGGCAGAUCAGAUGGGGUGACUUUGAACGAGUUAGUCUUAUCAAUGAGUCACGUUACAAAGGUCGCUAA